AUGGGACACUUGAUGGUAGCAGGUUAUCGGUUUCCAAGUCAAGCCAUUGAAAGAAUAUGCGACAUCAAUGACAGCAAAGAAUUAUGGAAAGUUGUAAUCUGGGUUCAUCAUAAAUGGAAUGUACUGAUUAAUAACAAAGAGCAUUUUGAAAUGAUUUAUGUGGACAAAGCGGGCGGUGAUAUACAUGUUAUUAUCCCGGUGGCACAUAUAUCUGUGUUUGAUGAAAAACUGUUGUUCGACCAUACUUAUACUAUAGCCAACUUUAAGGUUCAGCCAAAUGUGUCGACUUUUAGACCUUCGGUGCAUAAAUUUAUGCUCAAAUUUACGGGAGGAACGUCUGUUGGGGAUGAUAACAAACAUGAGAUACAUGCAAAACCAUUAGUGUUUACUGGUUUUUCUGAAAUAAUCAACGACAAUUAUAACAAUGAUUUGCUGAUAGAUGUAAUUGGAAUGGUUGAGGGUAUUGGGUAUUACAAAUGCAGUCGGUUUAUCAAAUUCACACAAGAUCGUGACAAUAGCUCUGAUCCAACUGUGUUGUUGCUGCAGUAUGAAAAAGUCAAAGAAGAGGGUGGGAAGUUUCUGCUGUCAGUCAUAAACACCUACAAUGUCAUGUUGAUCUGCCUCGAUGCUGGUUUUGCUUUGAUCAAAGAUUUCAUUGACUGCAUGCCUAAGGACUUUAUCGUUAUUUUCUCCGGACAUAUGGGUUCAAGUUCACAGCUCUCAUCGUAG